CUCUAUCUAUCUAUCUAAAUGUCUCAAGAGUGUAUUUUUGCUUUUCCGGACAUGGAGCAAACGACGACGACGAACGAUAAUGAAGGAUUGUGGAGUUGAAGUCAGUCGUGAAGAAGAAGGGUUCGAAGGUGCAUUGACUCCUAAAGUGGCCACAAAGCAUCUGAGAAAUUCCCAGAAUCCUGAGGACAUUGGCAUGACAGUCACUGAAGCUGAAAACGUAACUGCCACUGGAGAUUCGGGAAAGAAGGGAGCUGAUGCUGUGAUGAUGAAUGAUAAAACUCCUCCAGUUGUAACAUCAAUAGAAAAAGAAUCUGUUUCAGUUGUAACUCCGUCCCUGAUCAUAACGGCAACACCCUUGAAACAAAUAGAGGCUGAAACUGAAAGAAAGAAUCAGAAUGGUUUGGAAAAUAGUUCAACUCAACAGGAGAUGCCUGAGGAGGAGGAGGAGAAUAGCAGAGGAAAAAAGUUAGAGUGUCUGCAGAAGAUGAUUGAAGCUGAAAGACACAAACUUGAAAAAAAACUGGGGGAAAUAGAGCGACAUGCUUUGGAGCUGAAACAUUUUCUUGCGAAACAGAAGACGCAAAGACACAAAUUUGAAGAAUCUCUGGAUGAGUUAGAGCAAAACUUGGAAAGAAAAAACUGGGGGAGAAAGACCGAGUGAUUUUGGUGCUGAAACAUAUGCUGAAGUUUUACAACGAAUGUGUUGGCUCCCUAGUUAUAUGAAAGAAUUUAUUAGAAUGUUCAA